AUGUCCACUUUCAGCGCGGAAACCGCUGAAAACUUGGAAGAUUUGGAAAAACAAUUUGCCGUUGUUGCCGUUGAACAGGCUGAAACUUACUGGAACUUGAUCACCAAGGUUCCCGGCUCCAAGCUUCGUUUGACCAAGCACGAUGAUGAGAUCUACGAGAAAUUCCAAGAGCACUUCCCCGAAUACAAAGACCUCAAUAGACUCAGCAAAUUCACCGAGGACGAACUCAAGACAAAAGAGGCCAAGGAAAGAUGGAGAAACUACAUCAAACUUUUCGAGAAAAAAAUAGAUGAUUUCAACUUCGGCACCUUGCUCAGAACCGACUCGUCGCAAGAGUACGGUCAGUUUUCCACCUGUUUUGUCGUCAGACUGCAAUUUUACGCCUUCGAGGUUGCCAGAAACAAGAAUAAACUCAAUGACUGGGCCGUGGGUCACCAGUGA